CAGGACUGUCUGUAUCGCACGCAUCACAUUUCCACAUCGGGGCGUGCAGUCAGCCAGCCAGUAUACCGACGAUAAUUUCAUACAAGGAGGGUAUGCUACGUCGCCAGUUCUGUUAUACAACACACCGCCUUGAUCUCUGCUUUCGCCACAGACCGGGAGAUAUUUAGCGUCUCUGCGAUCGCCGUCAUCUCUAAAUACGGGUGGAAACCUGAGGAAGGCAAAACGCAUCUUUCAAUCAGAAUUUAUUCUUAACCGAGCUACAGCAACAAGCAAGAAAUAUGGCCGAGAGUGGAGAAAAGGACGCCUGUUUGGCCAAGUUUCGGGUGAAGUGCGAGAACUUGACGGCCGAUGAGUUUGCCGAAAAAUGGCACAAGUACGACCGUGAUGGAAAUGGCUACAUCGAAGGCAGUGAACUGGAGUUCUUUUUCAGGGAUUUCAUCGAUAUAGAGUCCGACGAAUGUCUGCAGAAAGCCAUCGCCACAUACAUGAAGAUAUACGAUGAGAACAACGACAAUCGGAUUGAGAUGAUGGAGUUGGCGGAAAUCAUGAAGCCAGAGCAGAAUUUCCUGCUCCUGUUCCGUUCCAAGGAGGCACCCCGGACCAGCAAAGAGUUCUAUGACAUCUGGUUAAAAUAUGACGCGGACAGAGAUGGUUUCAUUGACAAAUCCGAACUAAAGAACUUUCUAAGGGACCUGAGCAAGGUUGAACUCAGCGACGAAAAGCUCCAGACAUACACUGACGCAAUGAUCAAACUCUUUGACGUCGACAAGGAUAACAAACUCAGCUUCAAAGAAAUGCUCAAACUGGUGCCGGUGAAGGAAAACAUUUUCCUGCAAUUUGAGUCUCUAUUACAAGGUAACAUACCCGACCCAAGUUCGCACCUCUUGCCCACAAAGAAGGUGAAGGUGUCCAAUGAGGAAUUCAAGAGAGUUUUUCAGCACUACGACAAGGAUAAGAACAAUGUCAUCAGUGGUGAUGAACUGACGGCUUUCCUCAAGGACCUGGUUAUCUUACACGCUGAUUCGGGGCCGAUGGUGGAGAGUACGUUAGCAAGAUGUGCGAAAGACAUCUUGACAAUGGUGGACAAGAACAACGACCAGAUGAUCUCAGAGAAUGAACUCAAAAUGUUCCUCGGCGUCACGUCGGAUGAUGCAUAGUCACAUUUUAAACUUUGACCUUUUUGCCCUUUUAAACGUCAUUUUUGCCGAUUCCUUCUAGACUGCUCGGAAUCAUUGGUAGAUAUAUACAAUAGUUGAUAGCUGCACGUACGGUAUAUUACGAUUACACUCACUUAAAGUAGCAACAUUAUAGCACCUUGCCUUCGACUUACAUAUGAUAUAUUACAAAAUAACUGAUAGCUUUGAUUGAUGUAAUGUUGGUUUUCAUGUUUUCGUAAGAAAAUAUUAUUGUAGCAUAUAACAAACAUACUGAAAGAGUAUCAAUAAGUGUGUAAAAUUGAUCUUGACUGAGAAGGAAGUAUAGGCUAAAGUAUCUAAAUAGUAGCUAUAAGCAUUAUAUUGUCAAAAGUGCGCCUAACGCACAAUUAUAUCAAAAUGUCCAUGUGGCUAUAUCGGACAGUGAGUUCAUCUUCAUUUAGAUAACUCGUUCUGCUUUUCUAUGCAUUAUUAAGCAUCGGUCUUUAUCAAUCUCGUCUGCGUGACAUCUAGAGCAAGUUCAAGUGUGAGGUGUGGUUAACCAUAGUUCGAUUACCUUCAACGGACCGCAGUAUGAUAACCAUGCUAGUCGAUUAUUUGAAACUGGGGCCAAUGUUGCUUCACUGAUUCCAAACAAUUGUUUCGUAAUUAAGUGCAAAGGGGACCACUGACUUGAAAGUAAUUGCACAAUAGGGACGAACCGACGGAGAGACACGAGAGUGAUGAGAAAUGCAACAAACGGAAGAUGUGGGUGCAGUUUGCAAUUUGUCCAUUAUUGUUUGACUAGGGCCGUUGUAUACCGAACUGUAAUAGUCACGUGGUCGAAACACACUGCUCGUGCUCGAACCUGUUCUAUCUUAGACUCGGAAGUGAACCGUGGUAUUCAAUGGUUUCAUCUUGUUAUCCAUGCUGCAUUUAAUCCAGUACAUUCCUAGUUUUGGAUUUCAUCUUGAUUUGCUUUAAAACGUGUUU